ACAAGCGUUCGGGACGUAAACACAGGCGGACAAAAAGUGGGCCAAUCCGCCCGCUUACCGACAGACAAGUGACGUAAACGACAGACUGCCGCCUCGGUGGCCUCCUUUGGUGGCCACAGCUCUGUCCGUGCCCCCAAAACCACUUGGACGCACUCUUCUGGAAAGAGUGGCUAAAAGUGAAUUCUCACGUGAGAACACAUCGAAUGUCCUGCCGGUUGUGUUGACGAUCCCCGCGGACCCUCAAACCCAUUGGUAGUAAUGGCGUAAUGUGAAGGAGAAAGCUGUAGGAGAAAGUGCUCGCGCUCGUUUUUGUGUACAUUUCGCUGUACGUUGUUUCGUUUUUAUGUGUGAUGUCGUUUUGUUUCUAUGAGUUUUAGUAAUUGGCAAUAGUCCUCGGAGGCGAUUUCCAAAAACCCAUUGAAUCACCUUACGACCAUGUGGACAAACGAAGAGUAACCAGUAGAGAAAUCGUGAACUUUCGUGGACCGUAAUCGAUCAAAUACUCGAGUGAGGACCAGUACAGGAACCUCAAAAGCAUCAAGAUGAGCGUUUCGAAGUUUUUUACAUUGAACGCCCUCACCUCGCAAAAGAUGAUCAUUCUUUCCGUAUCGGCUGGAGUGGCAUUGCUGGGGGCACUAGCAGCAUAUCUCGGUCGUCGGAGAACUCCACUGCCACCACAGCGCCGGAUACGCAAACCAUGCAGUCGGCGACCGAGAAACAGUGUGCGAAGUCCGAACGACAUUGUAUCGGUGGCAGGUUCUAAGGUAUCAGCACGGUCCUACAGUCCAAGCGGAUCCGUGCAUGCCAUUUCCGAUCGUAUGUCCCUUGCCUCCGGGUCUAUCGUGGCCGCCGGAACAGCAUCCGGCGCUGCACCAGGUUCGAUAGUGCUUCUCGGUAACGCGUCUCCCCUGACACCGCAGCAGCUCGGAGUAAUGGGCAUGGAGGCGCUCGAGAACGUAAUAAGCUAUUGGGAGGAUGCUUUGACCGAACGAGAUGAAACGGGACUACCGGGACGGUUGAACGGCGAUCAGGAAGAGUUUUGCCGGGAACUACAUAGUUUGCUCGAUGCGGCCUACACCUUGCAGGAGCAGGGCGAACUGCUGUUUCUCGACGAACGGUCCGUGCUCUACCGGGACGAGGACCGGAAGAAGGCCAUCAUGAGCAAUGGAAUGGGCCUGGGAAUGUUGAGCAAUGGGCACCGAUCGAGCUCGGAUCCUAACUUUGAUUCGGCGGAAAGUUUCGCUUCUGCCCUCGAUCAGGUGGCCGACUUGCGCGAGUUUGAAGAUUACGCGGAAACAUUCUCCGACAUCGAGCGCUAUCCGCUUUAUUCGAGUGCACUCGAAAUUAUCGACGAAAGACAGAUUCCGUGUCGCACUCUACGAACCGACAUGGUCGGUUGUGCAUCGGACACCGAGUACCUGGCGAAGCUUCACUGCAUUCGCUUAGCUUUCCAGCUUCUUUUUAAGGAUACCAAAAACAGCCGCUGGGUAGCGGAUACGGGGCGACAAAUCUUGACCGAUCUGCUUAGUUUGGGAGACAAGGAUCCGAAAGAUUUCCUCGUGGCGUACGAAGCGAUGCUUGAGUUUCUGCAGAACGCCAACAACUGGGUGGACAUCGAGCUGGAGCUGGAGUCGCGUAACGUAAAAGCAAUGACGUUCUACGAUGUGGUUUUGGACUUCAUCAUCCUGGACGCUUUCCGCGAUCUCGACUCACCGCCCAACAGUGUACUGGCGGUGAUCAACAAUCGGUUCCUGUCGAACAGCUUCAAAGAGUCGGCCCUUACGACGGCCGUAUGGUCAGUGCUGAAAGCCAAGAAGCGUCUGCUCAAGUUCCCGAAUGGCUUUAUGUCGCACUUUUACUGCAUCACCGAGCAACUGUCCCCGCUGAUGGUGUGGGGUUUCUUCGGGCCAAACGAAACCCUCAAGGUGGUGUGUAAGUACUUCAAGGAGGAAACGAUCGGCUUCCUCUGCGAUAUCUACAACUUCCAGAAGUGCCGCUUCACCACGGUCGAGGAGCUGGCCGAGGAUAUACUGGACUGUAUGCAUAAGCGCGCCAACAACAUUGCCGUUAAGUUCAAUCAAUAAUCCUCAGUAAUCAUGUUUUCCGGUGGUGGUCACACGAAACCGUUGUCAAAAGGUGGCUCCGGCCUUUUAGUUCCAAUUUAUGUUAACGGUUGUUGCGUUUGGAAAAGUAAUUAGCAGGACCGGUAAGUGCUCAAUCAGGCGCCAUCAAAAAUGAAAACACCAAGUGUAAUGGUAUAACCCUACUGGUCCCAAAGUGCGUGGUAGCCCGAAAGACGUCGAGGUAGUGACAUAGCUUUAAUAAAAUGGGAGAAAACUCUUUCUAUCCUGGAGCGGAUAUUGUCAAAUGGAGUUUAAAUGGUGUAAUCAUUAGCUGACGAAUCAAAAGUAAACACGAUCAAAGCGGUAGGUUACGGGUAGCAAUUUAAUCCGAAUAUCUUAUGGUUACUCAUUGCGAUUAGAAAUUAAGAAUUUUCUUUUGAAUAAAUAUAACUUCUCCCGAGGAUGAACUACACUA